AUGAGUGUUGAAGCACCACCAUCAUACAAUGCGCAAGUUUACAGCAACUAUCAAACAGCACCACCAGAGCUGACCAUGCCUCAGCCGGUGUUCAUUGGAACUCCAACCAUCAUUCCUGACGACCAUCCAGUACAAUGUGUAUGUCCGAGAUGUCAACAACCGAUUAUAACUCGAAUAGAAAAACAAAACGGUCUUUUAACUUGGCUGAUUUUCGGUGCUCUUCGUCUUUUUGGUUGCUGGUUAGGUUGUUGUCUUAUUCCGUUUUGUGUGGAUGCCUGCAAAGAUACGGCUCAUUAUUGUCCAAAUUGUUCUCAGUUACUUGGUGUAAAAAAACAGCUGUCGUAG